AUGGUUGUACAAUGGGUACCCAAGGAAAAUGAAGCAGAGGAGAACAUGCAGUGCCAAAAAAGCAUAUUCGUGUGGAACAUGAUUGUGGCUCAAGGUGUCGAAUCCAGCUGCUUGAUGGGUCAACUCAGUGAUGAAGACAGUAAGGAGCUGCCCAUCAUUUUCAACAAUAAUAAUAUAAGCAGCCCAUCAUCAUGUAGGAGUACCUCAACCUCAACCUCAACCUCAGGGCUUGUGUUUCCGCGUAACAAGACAUGCUUGUCCUCAGUUAACAUGGUCAACGUUACCGAUUACUAUGUUGGUCUUCGUCUAUUUAUUAAGCCCGGAGACGAGCUGCCGAUCCGACUGCACCAUCCUGCACGGCUCGUCUUUCCGCGAAACCACACAGGCUUGUCCUCCAUUAAGAUUGUCAACAUCACCGAUUACUACGUUGGUUUUCGUAUAUUAUGGUGGCCGGAUUCGGCCGUGUCCUACCAUACACUUAGUAAAUUCGGAAUUUUGGCACCACGGUCUGCUCAAAGACUCGUCCUAGCAAGGCUAAUAAUAAAUGACAAGCAACCAGAAGAAAAGGAGCUCUUUAUCUGGAAUGCCAUUGUCAGUGACGGCAUCAAAGUCAGCGACCUGAAUUGUUCCAUGUCUUGCAACAUACAACAGAGUAUCGAGUUGCCCUUAAUUUUUGAUAAGGUAACUUCACCAACAUCACUUGUGCUGAUCAAGUUUGAACCCUCUCAAGUCUGCUUCCCCUUCCUGCCGACCAAACGUUUGUUCUCUUCAAUUAAGAUAGUCAACAUUACAGAUUAUCACAUUGGUUUCAAUACACAAGUGGAGGAAACAAAUGUGGCCUUGUACAUCAUGGAACCACCGUGUGGAAUCCUGCCACCACGGUCAACACAAGAACUGGUGGUAACAAGGGUCGCCAAGGAAGAUGCACCUCAACUGGAAGACAUACGGUGCAAAGAUAAAUACUUUGUGUGGAGCUGCUUUGUGGCUCAAGAUGUCAACGUCGGCGACCUCAUAGGAUAUAUGCCCGAAAAUGAGAGAAAGGAGUUGCCCAUAGUUUUUAGGGAGACAAGCUCAAACGAGUUGGUUCAGUUUGAUCCUUCCGACCUCAGCUUUCCCCUGUUGCCAAACCAGAGAGUCUUGUCGUCAACUAAGAUAGUCAAUAUUACAGAUCAGUACAUCGGUUUCAGAGUAUGCACCAAGAUAAGCAAUUCAGCAAGGAUAGCAGAGGAAAAGGAACUAGAAGACACUCAGUGCAACGAAAAGUUUUUGGUGUGGAACGGCAUUGUGACUGAAGAUGCGAAAGCUAGCGAUGUUAUUGAUAACAUGUCCGAGACAAAGUGUACCGAGUUGCCCAUUGUUCUUACACAGCAGACAAGUUCAUCUAUCUCAGAGGAGUUGAUCCAAUUUGAUCCACCAGAACUUCACUUUCCCAUUUUGCCAAACAAGAAGGUGUUGUCCUCAAUUAAGAUAGUGAACCUUACGGAUUACAAUGUUGGUUUCAAUACAUAUAGCAGGACAACAAGUGUGGCAUGGUACCACACAGAGCCACCGAGAGGAAUCCUACCACCACGAUCCACACAAAAACUUAUGGUAACAAGAGAAGAAAAGGAAGAUGCAUUAAAAUAUAAGCAGUUCAAUGAUAAGUACUCUGUGUGGACAGGCAUUGUAUCCGAAUGUGUCAAAGACAGCGAGCUUAGUGAUUGCAUGGCUGAACAAGAGAGCAAAGAGUUGCCCAUUGUUCUUGACAAGAUAAACUCACUAACCUCAGAUGAGCUGGUCCAGUUGGAUCCCGCUGAGCUCUGCAUGCCCCACUGGCCAAACAAGGAAAUGAAGUUCAUAGUAAAUGUAGUCAACACUACAGAUUUCUACGUUGCUUUCAAUGUAUAUAUCAUCCGCAGGAAUGCAGCGCGGGACAAGAGAACUGCAGCUGGAGCAUCGAAAGUAAUCCUGCCACCACGAUCAACUGAAAGAAGAAUACUACAUUGGAUAAUUGAUGAGACCGAGGAGCCUGUAGAAGAUUUCUUUGUGUGGAGCCGUGUUGUGACUGAGGGUGUCGAUAGCAGGGACAUCACUGGUUACAUGGUUGAGGAAGAGAGUAAGAAACUGCUCUUUAUUGUUAAUAAUAAGGUGAGUAUCUCAAAGGAGCUGAUCCAGUUUGACCCACCAGAGCUGAGCCUCCCCUUGAUGAUGAUGCCAAACAAGCCCUUGCUGUUUUCAGUUAAUAUAGUCAACAGUACAGACUACUAUGUUGGUUUUGAUAAAUAUAACCCGCAAACAAAUGUGGCCUGGUACUACACAAAACCUGCGGGUGGAGUUAUGCCACCACGGGCCACUCAAAGACUGACAAGCAACUUAUGCACCUCAGACGAGUUGAUUCAGCUUGAUCCUCCACAGCUCCCCUUCACCUUCGUUCCCAACAUGAGGGUGUCCAUGUUGCGCUUGCUUAAAAUUGUCAAUGUUACACAUCACAUUGUCGGUUUCAGCGCAUGGCCUCAUGAAGACAAUUCUGCGUCCUACACAAUCGAACCGGAUGCAGGGAUCCUGCAACCACACUCCAUGCAAGCAAUCAAGGUAAGAAGGACACCAAAGAAAAAUGAAACGGAAGGCAUACAGUGCAAAGACAAGAUUUUUGUGUGGAAUGGAAUUGUGACUGAAGGUGUCCAAGUUAGUGAUGUCGGUAUAUGCUGGAAGAAUGACGAUAAAGAGUUGCCCAUUAUUCUUACCAAGGUGAGUUUUCCAGUUAAUUUGUCAGUCUUAAGUGUCGAUUUACCCCUGUCAGUUCCAAUAACAAUAAUCCCAUUGGGAAUCGCUAAUGAGUUCAAAUUUGAACUAAAACUUAGGUACAGAUACAACUAUUAUGUCAGACAAGAAUUUAAGUAUAACUUAGGUACAAAUACAACUACUAUUACGCUAAUUGAUACAGCUAAUAACUAUGUUGACAGCCUGGAGAAAGCAGUUCAAGGUAGGAUCGGGAUGGUCAGCUAA